AUGGAUAACCUCUCUUCCCGAUGUCUUCAAAACAUUUCAUCGGAAGAAGUUCGAAAUUUUAUGGGUACAGUGUUUGGUAAUCCGUGGUCAGAAAAGAAUCCAGAUGUGCUCACAUACGGAGAUGGUCCAACUGGUUCUUUCGAAUUACGUGCUGCUCUCGCCGGAUUCUGGAACUCAAAUUUCUCACCCAAAAAAUCCGUAUCAAGAGACCAUGUAACGGUUAUGGGAGGGGGUUCUUCAAUUCUAGAUGCAUUAAGUUAUUGUAUCGCAGAAGAAGAUGAAGGAAUCUUAGUUGCUCAACCAUUUUAUGUUGGAUUUGUAGGAGAUUUCGAGGAUCGUGCAAGAGUCAAAGUAAUUCCUGUAUCAAUUGGCUCACUCGAAAAUGUUACUACGAUGACUGGGGUCCAUAAACACGAAGAAGCACUUCUUGCAGCUCGACAAACGGGUAUCAAGAUUAAAGGACUUCUGCUUUGUAAUCCACACAACCCCCUUGGAAGAUGCUAUGCACCAGAAGUCUUGGAAGCAUAUCUUUGUCUAUGUUCAAAAUACAACAUCCACCUCAUCAGUGAUGAAGUAUAUGCCAAAGCUGUUUUUCCUAAUCAAGAUAUACCGGACCCCAUGUCUUUUACCUCGAUACUUUCAUUAAAUAUCGAAAAGUUUUGUGAUCCAGCUUUGGUUUGUGUGAUUUAUGGUAUGAGUAAGGACUUUUGCUCCAAUGGUCUACGUAUCGGAUGUAUCAUCUCACAACAUAAUCCCAUCCUUCAUCAAACUUUAGGAGCAAUAUCAAAAUUCGCAUGGGCAUCUUCACUGUCGGAUCAUGUAUGGACGUUGAUGUUAAAUGAUCAAAAAUUCCUCGAUUAUUAUUUUUCAACUCUUGGUCAAAGAAUGACUACCGCAUAUGAGAUUUGUACACAGCAACUGAAAGAAUUUGAAAUUUCUUUUAUUCCUGCCUCCUGUGGUCCAUUCAUCUGGAUAGAUCUCCGUUCAUAUCUUACAUCUCCAACUAUCGAAGCGGAACGAAUUCUCUCAUGGAAGAUGUUGAAAUUUGGAAUCUGGUUAGCUACAGGUGAAGCUUUUGCAUCGGAAGAACCUGGUUGGUAUCGUAUUACUUUUGCUAUGGGUGAGGAAGAUUUGAGAUUUGGUAUGGAUAGGUUAUGGAAAGUUUUACGCACAGUGGAAGAAGAUAAGGGGCAACUAUUAGUAGAAUCCGGAGUAUAA